GGGGCGCACGGGGCGGAGGAGGAGAUGAGGGGCCCCCCCGCGCCGCUCGCCGCCCGCUGCAGAUGAGAGCCCCCACCCAGGUGCUCACGGGACGCCGGCGAUCGCUGCGCGCUGAGGCCGGCGCAGAGACAUGACUGGCAGCACGAGCCAGCGCGCCGCCGCCUUGGGGGUCCUUUUUGCCCUGAUCAUGUUGCUGAUCAUCUACAGCUCCGGCAGCGGGAGCGAGGUCUUCCCCUACAGCCGCCUGCGGGGCAGAACCCGCCGGCCCCCCGACCUCAAGAAGUGGGGGGUGAAAAGCGGGUACCUGCCCGUCUGUGGGAACAAGACCCUGACUGCCCGCUGCCACCAGUGCGUCAUCGUCACCAGCUCCAGCCACCUCCUGGGCACCCGCCUGGGCACGGCCAUCGACGGGGCCGAGUGCACCAUCCGCAUGAACGAUGCUCCCACCACCGGCUAUGAGGUCGACGUGGGCAAUAAGACCAGCUUCCGUGUGGUGGCCCACUCCAGCCUCUACCGUGUCCUCAAGCGGCCCCAGGAGUUCGUCAACAAGACCCCGGAGACCAUCUUCAUCUUCUGGGGGCCACCCGCCAAGAUGCAGAAGAGCCUCCUGAAAAUCAUCCAGCGUGUCAGCGCCUCCUUCCCCAACAUGACGGCCUACGUCGUCUCCCCCAGCCGCAUGAAGCAGUUCGAUGACCUGUUUCGGGGGGAGACGGGGAAGGACAGGGAGAAGUCGCGCUCAUGGCUCAGCACCGGCUGGUUCACCAUGGUGAUCGCGGUGGAGUUGUGUGACGCCGUCCACGUCUACGGCAUGGUGCCACCCAACUACUGCGGCCGCCGGCCCCCACCCCGCCGCCUGCCCUACCACUACUACGAGCCAAAGGGCCCCGACGAGUGCACAACCUACAUCCACAACGAGCGGAGCCGCAAGGGCAACCACCACCGCUUCAUCACCGAGAAGCGGGUCUUCGCCAGCUGGGCCGGCCUCUACAACAUCACCUUCUCCCACCCCGCCUGGCCAUAGGGGCUGCCUGCCCCCCCUCCCCAGCUGGGGAGACCCCUGGAGCUGUGAUGGAUGAGGGUUCCCCCGCAGCCCCCCGGGGAGCAGUGGGAGCCAGGCGUCGGGGUGCCACCGGCUGCCUCCCACAGAUCCGCCGCCGUCGUGCAUGGUGGCACCUGGGAUGUGUUGGGUUUUGAGCUGGUUUUUGGGGGGGCCAGGUGAUGAAUGUGGUAU